AUGGGCGACGCGCAGGCUCCCGGAGGCUACUUCGUCGGCCGUCCAGCCAACUACGAGGACAAGCAACAAGAUGCUGCCGAUGUACAGAACAAAGGGAGCGCUCCUGAUGGUUUUCAUGCUUCUCCGGCGGCCGAGUGGAGAGCUAGCUGA